AUGGGAAAAGCUCCAACAUUAAUGUUGUUUUUCUCUUGUGUUCUGUUCUCUCUAUGUGCCUCAUCAUUCGCUCAAACCUGCAAGAGCUAUACUUUCUCUAGCAAAAGGGUAUACACCUCAUGCCAAGACCUUCCUGUUUUGAGUGCUUUCCUUCACUGGAGCUACGACCAAUCAACCAACAAAGUUGACAUUGCUUUCAGGCUCACAGGAACCUCAAAUUCGAGAUGGAUUGCUUGGGGCAUCAACCCUACAGGACAGGGAAUGGUCGGAGCACAAGCCCUUGUGGCCUAUCAAACCUCCAGCUCAGCCAUGCAUGCAUACACGUCACCAGUGCCUGCAUAUCACACAUGGUUGCCAGAGGGUAGUUUGAGCUUUGGGGUUUCAAAUCUCUCUGCAACAUUUGAGAAUGGCAAUGAGAUGAUGAUAUUUGCUACACUGGCCCUUGAUGGUGCCAUGAAAACAGUGAACCAUGUCUGGCAAGAAGGUCCUCUCAUUGAAGGGAACCCUAGGAAACAUGAUAUCUCUCCAGGUUCACCUAAUUUGAGAUCAUUAGGCACCUUGAAUCUUCUGGAUAACCACCAUGUGUAG